AAAAUCAUUUGAAAAAAGUAUUUUAGUUGUGAAAAUUUAAAGUUUAUGUUCUUUAAAUUUUACUGAAAUGUCGUCUGGUGGACAAUCAAUAUUGGAUGAACGUGGUGAAUAUUUAAAAAAUCCUUUUUUUGAGGGUCAUCUUUUUGGUGAAUUUUCACCAUUUUAUAUUACAAUAACAAUUUGUACAUUCUUUGCUUUAUUUUUAUUUGUAUUGAAUUUCGUGUUUGGAUGUUGUUCAAUCCAUAAAUAUUAUUGGCAAGACAGACAUACGGGUAAUCGCUGGCUAGUUUCUUUGUGGACAACAACAGCAUUUAAACAACCACCAUUAGAUUUAUCAGACGUUGAAGCAGCAUUCCAACCGGAUAUACAAUCAGCGUACAACUUUUCAAAUCCUCCCGAAUACUUAGAACUUCAAAAACGCGACGAUAAACGUGAAAGUGAAAUUUAAGCACAAAAAUGUUUCACAUAUAUUGGCCUGCAUGUGCUGCCUUAACAAUGUGUGUUUUGUUUGUAAUUUUCGGUAUUUUACGUUAUGGCCCAAAAUUAUGUAAGACAAGACAUACAACAUUACCAACAUAUCAUAACGAAGGGCGUUCGGCUGCGUAUGAACAGCAAAUUUCAUACAAUUAAA